GCAGGAUCUGCGGCAAGCUGCGCCAACUGCGCCAUGGGUAACAAACUGAGCUGCUCCUGUGCCCCGCUGAUGCGCAAGGCCUACCGCUAUGAGGAUUCCCCCUGGCAAAGUUCCCGUCGUCGCGAUGGACAUCUAUUGAGUUCGUUCAGGUUGUGGGCAGAGGUCUUCCAUGUAUCAGCCAGCGGAGCCGGCACCGUCAAAUGGCAACAAGUGUCCGAGGAUUUGGUUCCUGUGAACAUCACCUGCAUUCAGGACUCGCCCGAGUGCAUCUUUCACAUCACCGCGUACAACAGUCAGGUGGACAAGAUACUCGAUGUGAGACUUGUGCAGCCAGGUACACGCAUUGGCCAGGCAUCGGAGUGCUUCGUUUACUGGAAGGAUCCCAUGACCAACGACACCUGGGGCCUCAACUUCACCUCGCCCAUCGAUGCCAAGCAAUUCCGCGAGUGCUGUUCGCCUUCUUUCAAAUUUUCACGAAAGGCCUCGUCGUCGUACUCGCUGAAAUUGGAUCCCCCCGGCAAGGGCAAGGUGAAGGCCAAGCGAAAGCCGCUCAGCACUCCGGCGUCGCCGUCGCGCGUCCGCCAGGAGCCCCAGUGCACCUGCAUGUCCGCCGAGCAGUAUGCGCGCCUGCGAACCGAUCCCCGUGUUAGAGGUUCAUCCACUUUGCCGCGUAACGUUGGUUCGCACCGAAUCACCGACGUCGACGGCCAGCAGCAGAUUGGCUCCGGAAAAGUGAUCAGUGCGGUUAGCAGCACCUCGCUGUAUGACAAUGUGGCCAGCGGUGGUCCCGGAACCAACCAGGGAGCAGAUACCUUGCCGCGCCAGAUGAAGGGCGGUCAGCAGGACAGACAGGAUGUGGCCAAUACCGGAGUCAAUACAAACACUCCGGGCGUAAUUGUCACUGGCGUCGGCAAUGUCGGCUCCGAUAUGUGCGGCCAGAAUCACGUGGGCUCACAGGUGGGCAAUGAUGACCCGGCUGCGUGCCAAAUGGACAUGGAUCUCUCCAAGAGCGAGGGCACACAGGCCGGCGGCGGACUGCACCAGAGCGUGGGCACAUGCACCUCCUCCUCCAAGGGCACCGGCACGCGCAACAAGGACUUUGGCGAUGAUAUGACACGCGACGCGCACUCGCACGACAUGCACCAGCACAAUGUAAUCAACAACAACACACGGCGGAAGACCAAGAGCACCGAGGACAUGAACGUGGACACCAGCACGCUGAAGCGCAUGCUGAAGCCGAUGCCCAGCACCGAGUCGCCGGUGACCUCGCCGGAGAUGGGGCGUCGGCGCUAUAACUACUACAAUGCGAAUGCGGCCCAGACAUUGGGCCAUCCGCCGCACAUGCACCAGCAUGGAAUGGCCAUGGGAAUGGGCGGCGGUGGCGGCGGCGGAGGCGGUGGCCACCACAUCAUGAACAACAACACGAUGGGCCGUGCCAGCAGUCAGUCGUCGCGCUUCUCCGGCUCGAGAUCCUCGCAUGAAAUCGGACGCGGCUAUCCGCCGCGCAAUCUGUACUUGGAACUGGAGCGGGAACGCAGCUGCAUCGAGGGUUCGCCGCCCUCGGACAACGUUAUGUUCGAUAAUCAAUGCUAUGCGACCACUCCGAGCUCCAGCAAUGGCAACUCCGAUCAGGAUCAGUCGUACGGACAGCAGCAAUCAUCGGGUCAGCAUCCACAGCAGCAGCAGGGACCGCCGCAGCGAUCCUCGCGCCAUCAGCACCAUCAUCAGCAGGCACCCAAUGUGACCCCCACUCCGGGCUCACCCACAUCGCGGCUGCUCCUCGAGUACGAGAUGCAUCUGAGGAACACUCUGGCCAAGGGCAUGGAUGCCGAGUCCUACAGUCUGCACACUUUCGAAGCCCUGCUCUCGCAGAGCAUGGAGAAUCUGGAAUUCGCUGAAAGCCUACCCGGAUCGAACCAGCGCAGCCCAUAUCCACUACGUAGGCCCAAUGCAAAAUCUUCCACUUUGCCAUUGCCGCCACAUCGACCAUUGUCUACUAUUCGCGAUAAGGAGAGGGAUCGCGAUCGUGAUGGCUACUACAGUGAUCGCAAUGAGUUGAUCAGGGAGCGGGAACGCGAACGCGACCGUGGCUAUCUAUCGGAUCAUAACUCCAGUUUCUCCAACUCGCGUUGCGCCUCUUGCAUUGGUGAAUCGGCUCGGGCCCAGUGGUUCCGUCACUCCGAUGGCUGGCGUUCCGGCAGUUCCACUAUUGGAUCCGGAUCGGGACAUGGCAUGAUGACCCAGCAGGUUCCUGGCUCCGGGCACAAACGUUCGCCCUGGGACUCGCUGCCUUCAUUGAGACAGGACAGCAGUCUCAACGAUUCGGGAUACAAGAGUGCUCGUGCCGAUUCCCUAGAACAACGUGCCGAGUUCAUACGUCAGGAUAGUUUGCGAUCAGAGUAUUUGAGCGAUCGCGAGUCACGCUACGGAAUUGUUCAACAGGCUUCCAUCGAGAGCACCGAUUCAAGGAUGUGCUAUCUAACAUCAUCAGAGCUUUAA